GCGAGCGGGAGGAGGAAGAGGACGAGAGGACGAGGCCUGCGGAAGAAGAAGGGGAGCGAGGGAGAAGGAGGAAUCCUUGAGAGGCCGAUCUGCGACUCACUGAGAGCGUGGGGGCGUCGCGUCGGGCACGAGGUCGGGGGCGAAGGGGAAAAGGGACUAGACAGCCCCAGGGACAGGCAGCAGCUGCAGCGCAGAGCACGAGCACGAGCCAGCGAGUGGAGGAGCGGGCGGAGCGACCAUCUUCGGGCACGCGAGGGUCGUCGUCGUUGUGGUCGUUCGGUGGGUUGUCAACAAUGGCGAGCAGGGGGGCGGGCUCGCUGGGCAGGGCUGCGUCGCGCUUCGUGGGAUUGCUGAACUCGAGGGCCGCCGCUUGCCAGCCAAACCCAGCAGUUCAGGCUUUGGCGGCGAAGGAAGGAAACACGGAAAGGGAGAGCACGGCAAGCAAAGUUGGAAGAGCUGCAGCUCUAGUUGGGGCAGGAGUCACCGGUCUUUUGGGAUUCACCGGUGUAGUUUACGCUGAUGAGGCAGAGCACGGACUCGCUUCACCAGAUUACCCAUGGCCCCACAACGGCAUCAUGAGCUCCUACGACCAUGCCUCAAUUCGCCGUGGUCAUCAGGUAUAUCAGCAGGUUUGUGCAGCAUGCCACAGUAUGUCCUUGGUCGCAUACCGUGAUUUGAUUGGUGUAGCAUACACGGAGGAUGAGGUUAAGUGCUUGGCUGCCGAAAUCGAAGUAGAGGAUGGACCCAACGAUGAGGGUGAGAUGUUCCAACGCCCUGGGAAGCCCAGUGACCACUUCCAAAAGCCCUAUGCCAACGAGAACGCAGCACGAUUUGCGAAUGGUGGUGCAUACCCCCCAGACUUGAGUUUGAUCACGAAGGCCCGUCACAACGGUCAAAACUACGUUUUUGCCUUACUGACUGGAUACCGUGAGCCUCCAGCGGGAGUCUCUGUGAGGGAAGGUUUGCACUACAACCCUUACUUCCCAGGAGGCGCCAUUGCGAUGCCCAAGAUGCUUACAGACGGAGGAGUGGAGUACGAAGAUGGUACUGCCGCAACGGAGUCUCAGAUGGCGAAGGAUGUCGUGACCUUUUUGUCUUGGGCAGCAGAACCGGAAAUGGACGAGCGCAAGCUGAUGGGCUUCAAGUGGAUUUUUGCCCUUUCUCUUGCUCUUCUGCAAGCAGUUUACUACAAGAGGUGGAAGUGGGCCCCUAUCAAGUCGAGAAGGGUUGUCUCGGAUAUCGUGAACUGAAGAAAGCAUCGUUCCUGUUGCGUGAUUUUGCUCGAAACCAUCUAUCUCAUGAUUUGGUGCAUGUGGUACAGUUGUCUCUAGUUACAACACAUGCUCUCUUAGCAAUGAGUUGAGUGCUGAUUAUCUCUUUACUCGGAUUGUCGAAGAGAGGCUUGGGAUUCUUGAUACGAAGUUUGAGUCACCCACCGUCGGCACUUCGUCAAAACUCUCUAUCUAUUUACCAUAGAAUGGAGUGCCUACCCUGGGCAAUUCCGGAGGUCUGUAGAAAUUCUGCAGUGAAUUAUCUCGAAUGAUGUUGAUUAUCACAGUGGAAGCUAAAUAUAUUCCUUUUCUUUAGGUCUCAAGCUGUGAUUGAAUCAUCUGAAGCCAAGAGAACUGCGCAGAUUGUGCAGUUCUGUAAGAGCAAUAUCUAGUAUUUUUGACAAUCAUCUGUUGAGACUCUGUUCGAGUCCCCCAAGCCCCUCAGAGAUGGUGGGAGUGAAGGCUGAAAGGCUUUGACAUUUAGGUACAAAUUAUUAAUAAGACUGUCGACCGACCACCGGAUCUGGACAUCAAACACGGAACUGUUUCUGAAUUACAAAAUGAGCCCCGAAGUUUUGUCGAUGGUUGUAUAUGUGUGGCCCUGUUGGUCGCCCAGAGUGUCCACCGUGAAAAUGUCGAAGCUACAUAUCCAUUGUUUGUUUAAUAGUCAUGAGCUGUCGCGAGACUGAUGUUGAUGUUGUCCUAAACAUCCUAAAAACGUUUGA